CUUGAAGCGAAUACUCGAUAGCGAUAACUAUGACAACUUAAGAUCUACUUUGAAGAAAAUAAUUGUGAAAAUUGUGUUAGUUUACGAAAAAUGUUGAUACUUUUUGUAUUCCUGAGCUUGUUCACGUGGACGGUCACAGGAGCCAGCAGUGAUUGUAGGCUGAGGAGCGUACACGUCCGGCAAGAUGGCGGGCUAUGCUUUGAGGUCCUUCCGUGGCAGCUGCAGCCGGUUGACCUGGACAACCAUUUGAACCAUAUGCGACAAAAGCUGACAAGCAGAACUCCCACCAGGAAGGUGUCUCCACGUCAGGCACUAGUUAAUAGCGAAGUAUCCCGAUACGUCGACACGGUUCUGGCACCAUUCCUCGACGCUUACCACAGAAACAUUCAGAGUUCAUACCAGCAGUUCACAGCCAAGCUGCUGAGGCGGAUCAAAGAAGAGAUCAACCAGGCGGUGAGGAAGAAACAGAAAUUAUACGAUGAGCUUACCAAGCUGGCUGAUGAACUUAAUGUGCCGAUAUCUUGCAAUGAAGAACGUCGGGCCGCACGCACCCUGUCCAGCCAACACGUCUCCGAUAUCCACAAGUGCGUGGAGGCGGCCAGAGACGGCAUCGCUCAGAUGGGCGUAUACGCUGAUGAAAUGAUACAAUUAACCAGACAACACAUGCAAGCACAGCUCAAUGAUGCUACAAGGUCGUUUAAUGAGGGCACUGUGGUUAUACCGAAGGGCGACAUACCAGCCUGCAUGCAGGAGCUGGCCCGCGCGGCAGCCAACCUCGGAUACGAGUUGGAUCUGACACUGACGAACGCCCGCCGGUUCAACGAGCAAUCCUGCGAGCAGCUCUCUACAUGCAGCAAUCACGCGCGCCGCGUCUCGGACGAGGCGUCAGCUAAAUUAAGAGAACAAUUGUAUCAAUGCGUGUAUGCUUAGUGUUAGUAAGCGUCUAGUUCUCUAUUAACACAUUCAUUGCCACUAAGUGCUAUGGGUUACGCUCGUAGCGCGUAGCCACGUUUUCGCCGUAUGUAGCGCGUAGUCGCUACGAACAGUGUACUCGAUUGGCGGGUUCUUGGCCCUGAAUGUGUUAAAAUAACGGAAUUUAACUCGAAAGUCAUUUACACUAGUUUAUGACUAAAGAUUCAACGAAGAGGCGUGCGAGGAGUGCCCUGCUUAUCAAAAGCUUGUAACUUGUAAUACAAGUGGAAGUCCCUUUCUAACAAAAGCUGUCAAAAAGGGACUUCCGCUUGUAUUACAAGUUACAAGCUUUUGAUAAACAGGUUACAGCUCACCACUUGCAUUUGAGUUUUUUUUUAUUGUAUACCAUUUAACUUUACGUUAUUUGCUGAAUAAAUGCUUUAUUAUUUU